AUGCUGCACGCUUCCACAGUAAAAGAAUCCUUAUCUGUGAACAUCACUCGGCGAAUUUUUUGGUCAGAUUCACGAGAUGUGAUCUGCUGGGUCAAUUCGGAUCAUCGGCGUUUUACACCAUUUGUAGCCCACCGAGUUAGCGAAAUUUUGGACUCCACAGAACCAGCAGAUUGGCGCUGGGUUCCUACCAAGCAAAAUGUCGCGGACGAUGGCACUAAGUGGGUGAAACUACCAGACAUGUCUGCAGAAGCUCGUUGGUACACAGGACCACAUUUCCUGAUGUGCACUGAGAAGUAUUGGCCGCAACAACCAACCGUGACUAGGACAACAGAGACCGAACUACGCCCGUAUUUGUUGAUGCAUGUCCAGAAAACUGAGCCGCUUCUCUGCUUCAGUGACUUCAGUAGCUGGAGAAAGAUGGUGAACACAAUUGCAUACGUUCUUCGGUUUUCCAACAAUAUCAUUAAGAGGAUGAAAAGGCAGGCAGUUACGAAUGGCCAUCCUUCAAUGGAAGAGCUGACCGCCUCUGAAUCCCAUUUGAUCCGGCAAGCACAAGAGGACGCCUACCCCGACGAAUACACCCUUCUCCACCAGUCUGGUGGAGCCACGCUUCCGAAAACUAGCGCUUUGUAUAAGCUCACCCCUUGGAUCGACAAACACGGAAUCAUGCGGAUACGAGGUCGUAUUUCUGCCUGUGAGUUCGCGACCGAAGAUGCCAAGAAUCCGAUCAUUCUACCCCGUAACCACCACGUUACCAGUCUCAUUGUUGCACACUAUCACCAAAAAUACCACCAUCAGAAUCACGAGACUGUAAUUAACGAGAUACGGCAACGUUACUCCAUUUCUCGACUUCGAAGUACCUACUUACGGGUACGCAACAGUUGUCAACGAUGUAAGAAUAACCGGGCAAUUCCGCAGCCCCCUAUCAUGGCAGAUCUCCCACAUACCAGGUUGGACGCAUUCGCUCGACCGUUCACCCAUGUAGGCGUGGACUACUUCGGUCCUAUUACAGUCGUAAUAGGCAGGCGAUCGGAAAAGCGAUGGGGGAUGCUCGUAACCUGCAUGACAAUACGAGCCAUCCAUAUUGAGAUCGUCCAUUCGCUGAGCACUAAUUCGUGCAUCAUCGCGCUGCGCAACUUUAUCUCGCGUCGGGGUACGCCCCGAACGAUCUAUAGUGAUCGCGGUACCAACCUUGUCGGAGCAUGUCGUGAGAUGCAGAAGGCAGAAGCUUCGGUCAACAUAGAAGAGAUGAUGAAGGCGUUCGUUUCAUCGGAAACCAAAUGGGUCUUCCUCCCACCUCUAUCUCCACACAUGGGCGGCUGCUGGGAGAGAUUGAUUGGAACAGUCAAACGAAACAUGACGGCUAUUUUGUCAACGCAAAGACUGACGGACGAAGUACUGCGAAAUGUUUUGGCCGAAAUUGAAAACGUAGUGAAUUCUCGACCACUUACUCAUGUUCCGAUCGAUGACGAUUCCGGCCCAGCCUUGACUCCAAACCAUUUCCUCCUUGGAUCAUCCGAUGGUACCAAACCUUUGUGCACUCUAGAAGACAGUGGUGCCGCAUUACGGCAGUGUUGGCGUGCAUCGCAGAUACUCGCGAAUAGAUUUUGGAAACGUUGGCUGAGUUCGUAUUUACCUGAGAUCACCCGCAGAACUAAGUGGUUUAUCAACACGAAGGCGAUUGGAAUCGACGACGUGGUAAUCAUUGCUGACCCUAAAAAUCCCCGGAAUUGUUGGCCCAGGGGGAAGGUCAUCGGAAUCUGUCCUGGAAGAGAUGGACAACCUCGAUCAGCAACUGUGAAAACAGGGAACGGUGUCUACGAGCGACCAGUUGCUAAACUGGCUGUGCUAGAUGUACGGCGCGAUGAUUAG